AUGGGUGGGGGGAGGAAUUCUGGUGGUGGUGGUGGACUAGGAGAUGGUGGAGGUGGUGAUGGAACUAAUGGUGGUGGAGGAGGUGGAGAAGGCGGUGGCGGCGAUGGCAAAGGAGGUGGUGGCGAGGGUGAAGGCGGCGGUGAUGAUGGUGGUGGAGCAGCAGCUAAAGGUGGGGGUGCUGGUGGUGGUGGAGAUAGUACUAAUGGGGGUGGGGAGAGCACUAAUGGGGGUGGAGAUGGUACUACUGGGGGUGGAGAUGGUGGAGAUGGAAGUGAAGGAGGGAAGGGGAGUGUAGGAGGAGAAGGCGGGAUACGUGGGGGUCGAGGAGAGGGUCGAGGUGUUGGGUCAAAAGGGUUGCUUGGGGAAGGGUUUAUAGGGAAGGGCCAUUGGCCACAGGUUCCAAACAGGUAUUGA